AUGAAAAAACGUAUCAAGUAUAAACGUAUAAUACCUAUGGCAUCUGGAGUAACUGUAGCUGACGUCUGUAAGACGACAUAUGAAGAAAUAAAGAAAGAUAAAAAACACCGAUACGUCAUUUUUUAUAUUAAAGAUGAAAAGCAAAUAGACGUUGAGGUGAUUGGAGCACGUGACGCUGCUUACGAUGCUUUUCUUGAAGAUUUGCAGAAAGGUGGUGCUGGAGAGUGCCGCUAUGGUCUCUUUGAUUUCGAGUACACUCAUCAGUGUCAAGGCACCUCUGAGGCUUCCAAGAAACAAAAAUUAUUCCUGAUGUCGUGGUGUCCUGACACCGCUAAAGUAAAGAAGAAGAUGUUGUACUCGAGCUCAUUUGACGCCCUUAAGAAAUCUCUUGUUGGCGUUCAAAAGUACAUACAAGCGACGGACCUCUCGGAAGCAUCGGAAGAAGCUGUCGAGGAGAAACUUCGCGCCACUGACAGGAAUUAA